AUGGGAAGGGGGGGACUUGCGAGGCUGUUGGCCACGGAGGUGCUAGGUGGAGACAUUAAUGCCUGCUGUGGCUUGCUGCGUCGAAUAUUCAGCGAGACUGUAGAGGAAGAUGUCAUUCGUGAACUAGAGCGUAGUGGGCAGGGCCUUGUUAGUGAUGUUCUAACCUUGGGGAAAGUCUGUUUAGUUGAUAACGCGUCUCUUGUGCGUCCUGGCUCUGUGGCAGUUCUUUGUCAUGCUUCGCAGCGUCUAGGUGACUGGCGAAGCGCUUUGCAGUUUGCUGAAUUGCUGCCGGGUCCACCAUCAUCAUCGUUCCUUUCUUCCCUCUUGUCCCCGGAAAACUGUGCCACGAUUCUCCGUUGUUGCGAGGAAAAGAGCUGGACGUUAGAUGUGUCCCAUGCGACUCAGAUACUUGCUGAGAGACAUGGAAGCUGGAUCUCUGCCCUGAUGGUGGCAGAGGCGAUAGAGCGGCAAUCUCACAUGGGGGAGUGGUAUUCGCUCGGUGUUUUGAUCCCACACCUUUCUGAAAGUGGAGCGUGGGAAAAGGCUGUGGAGUUGUUUGUUACUGGAAUAGCACAGGGGUCGUUGGUGGACCCAGCAUUUGUGGGAAGUCUUGUGUAUCGAACAGCACAGCUUAAACAGUGGCGGAUGUGCCUCUUUAUGUUGUCGGCGAUUGAAAAAACAAAAGAAGCUUCGCAAAUUUUUCCAUCUGACGUGAAUUUUUUUAAGGUUAUCAUGUCCAUUUCGCCGGAAUGGACGUCGUCGCUUUCAGUUUUUAAUGCGGCAGUUGCGGCAGGUGUAAAGCCAGACAAGUCUAUGGUGGGGACUUUGUUGGCUCAAUGUGAGCAGGCAAAUGCAUGGUCAGUGGCAACGCAGGUGUAUGACAUUGCUCAGACAGAGGGAUUUGUCUCUAGCAUUGUCGGAGAGUCGUAUCAUGCGCUUGUGCGUUCCUUUCACGCAGUUAAGCAAUGGGAAAAGGCGUUGGCAGCACUGUCUUGGAUGGCGAAAGCCGAUGAGGCGUCUGCUUCAACAGGAAGGGGGGAGUUGCUGGAAUUGUGUGAGCAGUCAGGUCAGUGGGAAGCAGCGAUACGUAUUGGAGGGAUGCUUCUUGAGACGCAUUCAUACCUUCCCGUUCGCACGCAUCUUUCUCUCUUGCUUGCCUCUGCCAAGGGGGCGAUGUGGGACGUCGCGGUGCGAAUACUGCAGGCUUCCCUUGCUGAUGCAAAUUAUUCCCCACAUCCACUCUCCAUUUGUGCCGUUUUACAGGCUUGCGUCGCUUCCAACCGCUGGAAGGAGGCAGUGAUGCUUCUGGAGCGAGUACGUGAAGAGGAGCCGCGCGUCGUUCUACCCCUGCUGGCACAUCGGUUAACAAUAAAGGCCUGCGUGGGUUCCGGGCGUUGGUCGGAGGCCAUUGCACUCCUGGCAGAUAUGCAUGCAUCUGGUCUGUCCAGGGACAACCACAGUCAACGUCUAGGUGUGUGGGCCGCAGCACUUUCGGGGAAUUGGAAACUCUCUCUAGAGCACUUGCGACAUCUUCCACGGAUUUGCCGCACACCGCAUGACCGACUUGUCGUUCGCAGUGCAACCCGGGAUGCUAGUGCAGCGGCGAAGGCCAUCGUACUUAAGUAUCUUCAACAGCAAAUAGCGUAG